AUGGCGCCAAUUCGCGACGACAACCUCUUCACUGAGCGCUACUCGCAGUUUGUCUCUCUCCCCGCCGCAGCGCUCGCAACACCGCUCCCCGCCCUCUGCGCGUCCGUCUUUUCGCCGCUGCUGCUCUCGUACUUCCCACCAGCGCGCGGCGUCAUUCUCGCAUACGAGGACGUUGCGCUCUCAUCCUCGCCGUCCGACGAUGCCGGCGACGCACACGUGCUGCUGCGCCACGUCGACGAGUACGCCAGCCCGUUCCUGUGGGCGUCGGCAACGUUUCUGAUCUGGCGCCCUCAGCGCGGCCACCACAUCACCGCGCGCAUCACGCACCAGAGCAAGACGCACAUCACGCUCUCCUUUCUUAACGUCUUCCCCGUCUCGGUGCUCGCGACACAGCUGCCGUCGAGCUGGACGUUCCAGCCACAGGGCACGGAUGAGGGCGUGUGGGUCAGCGAGGACGGCGAUGUUUCGGGAGACGUGAGCGUGCGGCUGGUUGACUUUGACGGGAGAACGGACGGGAAGUCAAAGGGGAAGGGCCUGCGGCUAGAGGGCAGUCUGCUGAGUGAGGAGGAGGAGACGAGGCAGGAGAAGGGCAAGGGCAAGGCGCGGCGGGGCAUUCUGAAGGGGUCAAGAGGAUGA